GGAACGCGGGUCACGUAGCAACGCGGGGGAGAAAGGGAGAGGGGCGUGGCUCGGAGUUCGUCCAAUCAGCGUGCGGGGGCGCAGGCCUCCGGCCGCUCGGCUUUAGCAACGUCGUUAGCAACACGUGGGGCGGGAGGAAGCGCUGGGCGGAGGGGAGGGGGCCGAGCGGAGGAGCGCGGGAGGGGGGCCGCGGGAGGGAGCGAGAGCGCCGGGAGGGGGAGGAGAACUGACGUCAGCGGGAGAGUAUUAUGGUCUGUCGUGCGCUGGCUGCUGCUUUUCUGCUCCUGGAAGCGGCCAAGAGGGGAAGCGGCGAGUCAACAUGGAGCUUUCAGCGGUGGGGGAGCGGGUGUUCGCGGCCGAAGCCCUCCUGAAGCGGCGCAUACGGAAAGGACGCAUGGAAUACCUCGUGAAAUGGAAAGGAUGGUCGCAGAAGUACAGCACAUGGGAACCGGAGGAAAACAUCCUGGAUGCUCGCUUGCUCGCGGCCUUUGAGGAAAGGGAAAGAGAGAUGGAGCUCUAUGGCCCCAAAAAGCGAGGACCCAAGCCCAAAACCUUCCUCCUCAAGGCUCAGGCCAAGGCAAAGGCCAAAACUUACGAGUUCCGAAGUGACUCAGCCAGGGGCAUCCGGAUCCCCUACCCUGGCCGCUCGCCCCAGGACCUGGCUUCCACUUCCCGGGCCCGGGAGGGCCUUCGAAACAUGGGUUUGUCCCCGCCAGCAAGCAGCACCAGCACCAGCAGCACCUGCCGCGCAGAGCCCCCUCGGGACCGGGAUAGGGACCGGGAGCGGGAUCGAGAAAGGGAGAGGGAGCGAGAGAGGGAGCGGGAACGUGAGAGGGAACGAGAGCGGGGUACCAGCCGAGUGGAUGACAAGCCCAGCUCGCCGGGGGACAGCUCUAAGAAGCGAGGCCCCAAGCCGCGGAAGGAGCUCCCGGACCCCUCACAGAGGCCCUUAGGCGAACCCAGCGCCGGCCUCGGAGAGUACCUCAAGGGCAGGAAGCUGGACGACACCCCUUCCGGGGCAGGAAAGUUUCCAGCCGGCCACAGCGUGAUCCAGCUGGCCCGAAGGCAGGACUCGGACCUGGUGCAGUGUGGUGUGACCAGCCCUAGCUCAGCUGAGGCCACGGGCAAGCUGGCUGUGGACACCUUCCCUGCCAGGGUGAUAAAGCACAGGGCUGCCUUCCUGGAGGCCAAAGGCCAGGGUGCCCUGGAUCCCAGUGGUGCUCGGGUCCGACAUGGCUCAGGCCCCCCCAGCUCUGUGGGGGGCCUCUACCGGGACAUGGGGGCCCAGGGGGGAAGGCCCUCCCUCAUCGCCAGGAUCCCUGUGGCCAGAAUCCUGGGGGACCCGGAGGAAGAGUCCUGGAGCCCCUCCCUGACUAACCUGGAGAAGGUGGUGGUCACGGACGUGACCUCAAACUUUUUGACCGUCACCAUUAAGGAAAGUAACACGGACCAAGGCUUUUUCAAAGAGAAAAGAUGAAUGCUGGGUGGGUGUGCCCAGGACGAGAGCAGGGGAGAGAGUGAGCGUGAGCUUGGCAUAGUGAUUUUUAUUUCUGGGUGGGAUGUGGCCUUUUGGCUGGUCCCGUCCCUGAUGUGACCCCCACCCCCACCAGCCCCUUUCAUCCCUCCUUCCUCCCCAUCAGUUUUUGUUGGAAAGAUUAUCUCUAGAGUUAUAUUUUCUAUUAGAUGUAAAUAUGUUAUUUAAGAAAAAUAUCUAAAUAUAUAUAUUUCAACUCUUGAAGUUGUUUUAUUUAAAGGAGAGAGACUCUCAUUGUGCUUUAGUUGGGGCAGGCAAAUGAGCUGGGGCAGGAGGGGCCCCCUUGCCCCAGGGCUCUAGGGAAGUUGGGGCCUGGGUACAGGUUUCUGAGAGUGUCUGGAGGGGCUUGGCCUGCCCACCCCACCCCUCCUCCCUUCUCCCACAGCCCAAUGCCAGACUCCUGGCACCAAGGCCCGGCCCAGAUUUGCUCUCUCUUCCCAUUGGCCAGGCAGGCCAACAAAAGGUUGGCUCCCCAAUCAGAAAAAAGUGGGGGUGGGGUCAGUUUUCCUUUUUUCACUUUUUUUUUUUUUUUUUUUUUUUUUAAGGUAAAGAAGUCUAUUAGGGAAAAACAGUAUUAACUUGAAUAAGCUUUUCGUGUGUGAUGUUGAAGGUUAAAACGUCUCCAGCAGGCAGGGACAGGAGGUUUCUCCCCAGGACCACACCAGGAAAUGCACUUUAGGGAGGGGUGUGUGUGUGGUACACGCAGAUCGUGUGUAUGUCAUGUGGAUAAAAUCUCCCCGUUCCCUCGUUCCUUUCCUUACUCCG